AUGGACUCCUCCCGCCGCCUUCGUUUCGAUGCAGAGGGGCGCCCGAUAGAGUUCGGCACCUGGCUCCGCCAGACUCAGCGCUAUCUCACCAGUCAGCGCCAGGACGGCGCCACCCUGUACGCCCACGCGUCCGGCGCCCUCCAGGCACCACCGCGUCUCGAGCCCCUCCCUGCCGUGCCCCCCCCGACUCCGGAGGCACAGGCGGACUACGCUCGUCUCGUCUUGGCGCGGGACGUUUGGGACUCCCGUGACGCUGCGGCUGCACUCGCGCUGACCGAGCUCCUUCCACCGACUGAGGCCGCUCACUUCGACCUGGUAGAGACUGCGAAGGAGGUGUAUGAUGCUAUUUCUGCACGCUAUUCCACCCCUUCCUCUGCCUCCCUCAGCCGCAUCCUCAUGCCGUUCGUGUUUCCCGACCUCGGCUCUUUUGCGACUGUCUCUGACCUAGCCACACACUUGCGCUCCCUUGUCGCUAGCUACCGAGCAGCUUGCACUGAGGCUCAGCUUCUUGUUGCUCCUCCUCCUAUUUGGCUCACAGUCCACUGGGUAGUCACUCGUCUCCCUGACCGCCUCUCCACUGCCCGUGACGCACUUCUCCAGCAUCACCCCAGUGAGCUUACGAUUGAUCUUCUCGAGACCACUCUCGGGAAGAUCGAGAGUAACCUCCUCUCUGUUGCCUCAGCCACUGACGCAGUUGCCCCUCGUUUGUUUGAGGGGUGUGAUGUCCCCCAGCUUCCUACCUUCACUGCUAUACGUGCCUCUGCUGCUGUGUCGGUUUCUGAGGACACUGCAGCUGUUUCUGCCGCUGACAGGCAGAAACGGGGCAAGGGGGGCAAGAAAGGGGGGAAGGGGGGUGGCGGCGGUGGAGGAGGUGGCGGUGGUGGAGGCGGCCCUGGGGGCGGCAGUGGUGGCGGUGUUGCCCCAGGCGGAGGGAGCUCUGGAGGAGGUGCUGACCCACCUGCUGGAGGAGGUUCGACCAGCGGUGGUGCGGGGCCCCAGCAGCAGCAGCCACAGCAGCAGCAGCCACAGCAGAGACAGCAGCUGCACCAGGGACAGCAGCAGUGGCAGGCACCACAGCAGUUUCAGACGUGGGGACCCCCACUGCAGUGGGGUCCGCAGCAGCACUGGGGCCCUCCGCCACAGUGGGGACCUGGAGGACCCGGGAGCACUGGCUGCAGCAGCAGCACUACCAGCUGGGCCCCUCGCCCCCCGCGGCGCGACACCGGCCCCUGCGACCACUGGUGCGUCACCGGACCUGGCAGUCCCUGUGUCUGCGGCCGCGACGACCACUCUGCAGCGCGGUGCUUCCGCCGCCUCGACGACCUCUACCGUGCACGCUGGGGUCCUGAGGCGACCACCCCGCGCUGGGCUCGCCUGCUAGCCCGACCAGCCGUUGCGCGCAGCUCCACCACCCUCCCGUGCCCUGUGGUCCCCUCUGGUGUCUUGCGCGGCCUCCACAUCCCCUCGUUCACUCGGAACUUGGUGGGUGUUGGAUACCUCCAGGACAGGGGGAUCACCGUUACCUUUGUGGGGGGGGGGCGGACUGCAGUCUGUACUGACGCUACCACAGGUGUUGUUCUGGCCACGUUCACCAGGGAGCCCCGCUCCGGUCUCUACGUUCUCCACACCGAGCGCUCCCGGUCGCGUCCUCCCCUCAGGUUGUUGCGUCCCCCUCCGGCUCAGGGACUAGUCACAGGUCUCCCACGCACCUUCCCGUCGCUCCCUCUCUCGCUUGCCCCUCCUUGCUCUCCGUGCGUCGCCGGUCGCUUACGCGCCACUCCCCACUCCUCCUCCCUUCGUCCGGCCACCGCUCCCUUCGAGACUCUCCACUUGGACGUCUGGGGCCCUGCCCCGACGCAGGGGUCUGGGAGGGAGCGUUACUUUCUGGUGGUCGUCGACGACUUCUCCAGGUACACCACAGUGUUCCCUCUUGCGAAGAAGUCCGAGGUGACUGCUACGCUGAUCAGGUGGCUUCUAGCCACUGAGGGCACUCGUGGUCGUCGAGUCAGUUGUCUUCACUCCGACCGUGGGGGCGAGUUUCGCUCCGGCAUUCUCGGCGGAUUCUGCGGCGAACAGGGCAUCACCCAGUCCUGGACGCUGCCAGAGUCCCCACAGCAGAAUGGGGUUGCUGAGCGCCGCAUAGGCUUGGUCCAUGAUUCAUGCCCGUGCGCCCCAUUUUCUGUGGCCCCACGCGGUUCGCUACGCCGCACACCAGCUGAACCUCCAGCCCGCGUGUCUCGCGGCCCGAGGCUUCACCGACCAGUCUUUGGACUGGAUCCCCUGGUGUUGGGUCGGCCUUUCGAGUUCCUAGGACUCCCGUUGACGUCCGGUUUGACGAGUCCGUGUCCUACUACACCCCGGUACCCCUGUCGAGGUCUCCCGGUACCCCCUCCCCCUCUCUUCCUCGCACCCUCUCCUCCUCCUGCUCCCGCUCCUCCGGUACCCCCGCCCCCCCCUGGUCCUGCCCCGUCUGGUGUGUCCCACGCUACCCCUCUACCCUCGGUCGCGCGUCAGGUAGCGUCUCCCUCCCCGCAGUCCUCCUCACAGUCCCCUCAGCAGCCUUCAGCACUUCCGCGACAGGUUACUUUGGACUCGGUUGGGUGUGGAGCUGGAGGUGCAGCCGCUGGCGGUGCUCGGUCUGGGGGUGCUCGGUCGCGGGGUAUUGGAGCUGGAGGUGCUGGCGCACGUGACGCUAGCUCUGGGGGUGCUGGAGCUGGAGGUGCUGGCGCAGGUGGCGCUAGCUCUGGGGGUGCUGGAGCAGGAGGUGCCGGCACUGGAGGUGCUGGUUCUGGGGGUGCUGGAGUUGGGGGUGCUGGCACUGGCGGUGCUAGUUCUGGGGGUGCUGGAGUUGGAGGUCCUGGCACUGGCGGUGCUGGUUCUGGGGGUGCUGAGUCUGAGGGGACCUGA